AUGAACCCCAGCAUCUUGGCGAAGGAAAGGCACGGUUGUUACACCGGUGUGCCUAGUGACAAAACCCCGAUCGACACUUACCCCGUCACUGCGCAGAGCUUCGCAAAGGUCAUUCCCGCCGUCCUACAGCUGUCGGGGCUCGUCAUGGAGGCCGCCUUUGAGCGGAAAACAAGGCUGUUCUUCAAUACUGGUUAUAUGUUCUAUAACGGCUUCUAG